UUUCAUCUUCAACUUCAGUAACCAAGCAGGCAGUAGUAGUAGCCUGACACGUAGUGCCCAAGAAGAGAGCACAACUCCUAUCUUCAACUCAAGUGAGCACUACUAGUAACCCAACACGUUGGUACCCAAGAUUAGAAUGAUAUACUGCCGUCUCCCCUCUUCUCUCCUUCUUCUUCCUCUCCAAGUAUGGCUCCUCUUACAUAUAGACCUCCAUCCGUCGGCAUACCACGGCAAGGUUGUUACAGUGACCAAUAACAGAACUCCCUCGAUGGUGCGGACGACGGUGCAGGAGCUGGCGGCGGCCGUCGAGGAGCCGCCACGACAGUACUUGGUGCACGAGCGGGACCAAGACCACCUUCUGGCCGCUGACGAGAUGCCGGACCCCAUCCCACUCGUUGACCUUGGCCGGCUCAUGACCGCCGACGAGGCCCACAAGCUCCGGGAGGCUCUACAAACCUGGGGCCUCUUCCUGGUCACCAACCAUGGAAUUGAGGAAUCUCUUAUGGACGCCAUGAUGAGCGCGUCGAGGGACUUCUUCCGGCAACCGUCUGAAGAAAAGCACAAAUGCAGCAACUUGAUAGACGGCGGCAAGCACUUGGAGGUGGAAGGCUAUGGAAAUGACAAAGUAGUGAGCCCCCAGGAUCAGGGCCUCAGCUGGAACGACCGGUUGCAUUUGAGAGUGGAGCCAGAAGAUGAGAGGAAUUUCGCUAAGUGGCCCACUCAUCCGGAAUCUUUCAGGGAUGUGCUACUUGAGUACGCAUCAAGAACCAAGAGAAUAAGAGACCUUAUCUUGCGAUCAAUAGCCAAGCUCCUGGACCUUGAUGAGGAUUACUUCGUCAACCAAAUAUCAAACAAGGCUCGUGGGUUUGCUAGAUUCAACUACUACCCCCCAUGUCCGAGACCUGACCUAGUUUUGGGCAUGAGGCCUCACUCUGAUGUUGGUCUCCUUACCAUCCUGUUUGUCGACCACAACGUCGGUGGCUUGCAAGUUGAGAGAGAUGGGAAAUGGUACAAUGUUCCAGCCAAGCCUUAUACGUUGGUGAUUAACUUAGCUGACUGCAUGGAGAUAAUGUGCAAUGGAAUCUUCAUGAGCCCAGUUCACAGGGUGGUGACGAAUGCUGAGAAGGAGAGGCUAUCACUGGCCGUGUUUUAUGUUGUGGAUGGGGAAACGGUGCUGGAGCCUGCGCCUGGUUUGCUGGAUGACAAGCGACCGCCAAGAUAUGGGAAAUUCAAGGCCAAGGAUUUCGGUCUUUCUUUUGACUGAACAUUUCCGUCGAGGGAAGGGAUUCAUCGAGACCCUGAAAAUACAAGUUCAAACGUUUUAAUUAGUUCAUUUACGGACUUUUACGGACUUGUAGCAGUGAUUACCUAUAUAUGAAGAAUAAUUAAAGAGACGGUUUCUCUUUUGUGAGUGGGUUUUUUAUCUAUAAUAUAACUGUGUCACUUAA